UCGAGCUGGACUCCGCCCACUCCUCCCCGGCCGACCUCCUGCAAGUCUUGCAAAAGAUGCGGAAAGCUAAGAGGGGUGGUGAUCAUCUCACUAGAAGCUCUCGUAAGAACAGAAGAGAUUCCAAGAAUGAAUCAUUGGUCUCAGGUCGCUUCCUUGGGGACUCUGAUCAAGGUGUUCGGCCUGGCCUCAGCGAUAGGACAAUAGCAUGUUUGUCUAAAAGUGUCGCCUCUAUUACUUUGUACAAUGGAGACACAGUCUUAUUUUCAUGCUCGGGCAUAGCUAUUGAACGCCGGGGCUGUCACCUUACAAGGUUUCUGACUUCUGCAAGUUUGGUUAGAGCUCUCAAUGCUACAAAUGAAGACCAUGAUGACUUGAAGAUUGACGUGCGCCAUGAAGGCAAUGAAGUGUAUAUGGGGACGAUGUCUCAUUAUGAUUUAGAUCGCAACUUUGCUGUUGUCAAUGUCCAUGGGUUCCUUGAUGUUCAGGUUGGAUCUUUCCUAGAUGCAAUGCAUGUUCUGCCCCAUGGUGAGAUAUUAGUAGUUAUAGGGCGUGGCGUCUCUGGUGAAAUAGUAGCCAAGAAUGUUGAAUUUGAUGGUGAUUCAAGGGUAUCUGAGGAUGAUGAAGAUCUUGAUGGUAGAAUCUCAGAGGCUUGGGAAGGUGGGCCACUUGUUUCUGUUGAUGGGAAGGUUGUUGGCAUGAACCUUUUUCUGACUACUACAAGAGCCGUUUUCCUACCAUGGGGCACGAUUCUCAAGCAUCUGGAGCAUUACUGGACAUCCCUACAAAAGAAGACUGGUUUUGCAUGCUCAAAAACUUGGAAGGUUUACUGGUUUGGAGAAAGACCCGCUGGUGAGAAAUCUAACAGCCAUACACAAGUACAUGGAGAUUUUCUGAACCAGGAGCAGUUAGAUCUAGACUCCAUGGGUUACCCGAAGUUACCAUCCUCCAUGGUUGGAGCUGGCAUGAUUUUGGUCAAUACUUUUGAAGAGACUUUUGGCGACAUAUAUGGUGAAGGUGUCUGGCGAAAAUUUAGUAAAAAAGCUUCUAACAUAAAUCGCAAUGUUGUCGCACUGGCUUCAUUCAGUGGUGAAAAAAGGCUUUUUGCUUGCACGGGUUUUUUUAUUGAAUGGAAUGGAUCUACGAUAAUUUUGACAUCAGCAAGCUUGGUUAGAAAUUCAGGUGAUGAGAACAAGAUUGUUGAAAACUUGAGGAUUGAAGUGUUGCUUAAUGGCCAAUGCAGAGAAGGGAAGUUACAGAAUUGUAGUCUCCAUUACAACGUUGCUCUAGUCAGUGUCAAGGAUUACCGUGCUGUUCGUCCAUUAAAUACUUUGCUUCAUUGGCACAAGGCUAUCAAAGUAGCAGCUAUAGGGCGUUGCUUCAAAUCGGGAGCGUUAAUGGCUACUAUUGGGGAUGAGGUUUCCUGGACAGGCACACUUGAUUGCGAUUACCUCUCAACUUCCACAUGCAAAAUCACUAAGGCUGGUAUUGGAGGCCCUCUUGUUAGUCUUGAUGGGGAUGUUAUUGGCAUGAACUUCUAUGAUAAGAAAAUAGGAACCCCUUUCAUGUAUUUGGAGGACAUUUACAACGUUCUAGCAUCGUUUGAGACAAAAAGUAAACCUGGUGAAGUUGGCAAUGACAGUGAUCCCUCUGGAGAAGCGCCUUUCUGGAAAAUGGACGAUGAUGACAAAACUAAGUUAAACAGUUGGCCUGUGCCCAUGCCUCGCUGGUGCAAUCCUGACUCUGCGGACGAGGAUAAAUCUGAUGAUGAUGAUGAGUUGGGCUUUGAUCCCAAAACUGGCCGCGCGCGGCCGAGUUACGGUUACUUUAAGGGAAAGAAAGUCAUGAUGUUCUAG